GAGGAGGAAUAACAAAGCUACACGAACUCUCUCCCGAAGCCCGCUAGUCGUGGCCAGCAGCAGACCUCUAUAUGGGCAGGCUCCUGAGCAACUAUUGCUGAUCUUGCUGCUUCUGCUGCUGCCUUCGCAAGCAAAAUGAGAGGCGAGUCGCGUGCGUGCCUCUAAGCGCGCUGCGCUCGAUGCAGAUCUCCAAAGAGCCGCCUUGGAUACCAAAAAAAAAAGAACCGUGGGUAAAAAUAAAUACAUCUCUGGCCGGGUGUGGGGGAGGAGGAGAAGGAGGGUUUCAUAUAGAGGGCGCGACUUCCUUGGACUCGCCAGGAGACGGCAUGUACACUCCCCCGUUACGCUGAGUUACCCCGCUGCGCGCGUGCUCCUUACAGCAGCGCGAGCGACGUUAAUAGAGGCAUCGUCAGCUUAGCCUGAUACGUAUUCGUACGUAUGGCGUGUACAGGUACAUAUGACCACAAGAACACUAUUAUAAUACUACCUCUAUAGGAAUCGGGUAAAACAAAAAGUCCAAUUUAACACGAAAAUAUAUAUAUAUUUUUUAAACCAGACAAAUAAUAACGAUAACAACAUAACGAGGACUUACGAUGAAAAUCAUGAUCGCGCUCAACCACGUGCCUGCCCUGAUCGCUUUCACGUUGGUGUCGUUAACUCUUCUCAUACUCACCUAUAACAUCCUCGUCGACCCCACGUCCCACCAACUUCACCCCAAACUCCGGGCUCUCCUGCUGCGCGCAGGUGCUGCUCAGGGCCACCCGUCACAAGCAGAGGCAGAGCUUCCGUGGUUAGACAGCACGGGGAGAGGAGACCCGAAUACUGCAUUUUCGGGGUCUAACUUCUACCAGCACCAGCAGCGACACGAGCAGCAGCAGCAGCAGCAGCUCUUCCCCAGGCUUUGGGACGAGAGCUCAAUGAGUGGCGCUCCGAGCUGGGACGGCCGCUCCCUUCAGUGCUCGCCCAAUGCCACCGUCGCUCACGCCGUGGAGGACUUCGCCUCGCUGUCUCAGGCCGUGCAAGAUUUCCUCACUCACCGCCACUGCCGCAGCUUCGGGCUCAUCCUGCAGCCGGACGGCAGCAAGUGCCAUUCACGUCCGAACGUCACUCUGCUGCUCGCCAUCAAGAGCGACGCGCGCAACCUGGAGCGCCGCGACGUGAUCAGGAGGACGUGGGGCCGCGAGGGCAGCGUGCGUGGCCGCCCGGUGCGCCGAGUGUUCCUCGUGGGGGUGCCGAGCGGGGAGGCGCCCGAGAGGCGCGUGCACCUGAACGCCCUCCUGCAGGAGGAGAGCCGCGAACACGGCGACAUCGUGCAGUGGAACUUCUUGGACACCUUCUUCAACCUGACCCUCAAGCAGCUGCUCUUCCUCGACUGGCUGCAUGAGCGCUGCGCGGGCGCGCGCUACGUCUUCGACGGCGACGACGACGUCUUCGUCAACACGCCCAACCUGCUGGAGCGCAUCGCGGCCGAGGAGCGGGCGGGCCGAGGCGACGGGCACCUCUACGAGGGCUACGUCAUCUCCAACGUGGGUCCCAUCCGCGCGCCCAGCAGCAAGUACUUCGUGCCCGUGCAGGUGCACGCCGGGGACUCGUACCCGCCCUACGUGGGCGGCGGGGGAAUCCUCAUGGCCGGGCGCACGGCCCUGGACAUCCGCCGCGUCGCCGGGCAGCUCGCCAUGCUGCCCAUCGACGACGUCUUUCUGGGGCAAUGCCUGGCGGCCCUGGGGCUCGCACCCACGAGGCACCCGGCGUUCCGCACGGCGGGCAUCUCGCUGCCCGCGCCGAACCGAGGCGCCGCGAAGCGUGCGGCGUUGGUGUCCUCCUUCCACCCGUGCUACUACAGGGAGGUGAUUCUGGUGCACAGAGUGGAGCCCUUCCAGACGCUCAUCAUGUGGGCCGCCCUGCGCGAUCCGCGGCUGCGCUGCGGGAGACCGUGAGACCAUCCGUGACGGCAGGAGCCCGAGGGCCGCUCAGCGUGCGCGUUGAGAGGACGCAGCUGCGAUUGUUUCAUUUCAGCUUUUUUCAAGUUUCAUUUCUUUUGGUAUAGCCCCGUGAGCCAUUCGGCUCUUGAAUCGGGUGCAACCGCAACAAACAAAGAACAAGAAAACAUCUUAAGGUGACGUUGCUCGUGUCGCGUGGCGAUACAUGAGCGUCUCUUUGCAUUGAAAGCGCAUUGUAAGUAUAACUAUUUAACAAUGCCACUUAUCUUCUUAUUAUCGCCGAUGUGAUAGUGGCAGCGAAGGGAUAGAAUUCGUCACUGAGGACUCCUCAUUAUGACAGUUGCGAUAAUUAAAUGUUGCAAAUCAUGAUACUGAUUAAUUAUUAUUGCCGAAGGUUAAUGAGAAAUGACAGUUGCAGUCACGAAAUGAAUUGUCUCGAUUGCACGCAUUCAGAGGAGAUGGAGCGAUCGAUCAAUUCAGCUCGUGUGCGUAUAAACGUGGCUCUAAGCACGAGUUGUUGAUCUGGUUAAAUUUUGACUUAAAACUUUCGUGACUGCAGGCAUUCACAUUCUUUGGUCCUUUCGGUAAAGUCACGUAGAUAGAAAAAUAAAAGGAAAAAUAUAAAAACUACGACGUUUCGAUCACAACACAAGCGAUCGUCAUCCUGCUAUAUUUUUACUUUUAUUUACUUGUAUUGUUUUAUCUACGUGACUUUACCGAAAGAACCAAAGAAUAUGUAAAUCUGGUUGUUGCAUAUGUAUAGAAACAGAUUAUAUAUUCAUUUCAUCACCAGUUUUCCAGCAUAUUAAAGCGAACAUAUUUCCGCAUAAUCUGUCGCUGUAAAAAAAUAUACUUGAUACAACUUUUUGGAUUAAAGGGGAGUUCGAUGGAACAAGCAGAUAAUAAUACUAAUACAUUCUCGCUCAUUCUUUUUGGUAGCGGCGCUGGCAUUGUUAAAACAGUCGAUUGGAACCUGUUUUUGUGUGUAUGAGGUACACCUCUUGAGCCUAAUAAUAAGAGACUUGUGCAGGUUGUGCCCAUGAGUAUCGUAGCCAACAGCACUCGGUACAAAAUAAAAUAAAAACUUAUCGGGGAGAGACAUAAACUCACGCCCAGACCAUGCCCUACACGAGAAAUGCGUAUUAGAGUAUGUCUAAGUCAGAUAUGUUUAAACUGCAACGUUGUCUCCUUUGAAAUUAUUCUCCAUACGAUGUUCCUAAAGCCAUUUUCGUUGUUAUUGUAAUGCGUGUUAAAUCUGAACACAAUUUGUGCAUUUAUUUCGUAAAUAUGAUUAUAAAUACACAUGUAUUUAUUUUUAAGAAUAUACAUAUUUUUGAAGUCGACUGUUUUGAAGCUAUUCAUUUUUAUUACACGCUUUUAUUUAACUCACUCUGUCUGUUGUUGUAUCCUCAAAUCUUGUAACUCAAUUUAAACCC